GCGUCGGCAGCGCGGCAGCACGCGGCAGCCAGCCACCAAACCAGCGAAACCCGGAUGCCCGCGGCGACCGCGGCGACCGCCGGGACGGCCGGGACCACAGCGAUGCGCGGGUCGCGCGCGCCUCACUCCGUGUCUGUGUGACCCAGUGUGUGUGUGUGUGUCAAGUGCCAGUGUGUGUGUGAGUCACAGUGUGACCCAGUGACCGGCCAUGAACCACUCGAACCACGCCGCGCCCCCGGCGGCCGCCCCCGCCAACGCCGUGCCGCCCCGCCUGUCCGGGGAGCGCCGCAACUCGGCGGCCAAGUGGUCCUUGUCCACCAUCGCGGAGGCCGACCGCGCCGCCAUCCUGGGCAAGAAGAAAUGGCCGCAGCACGUCGCCGCGCUCGCAGCCACGCUGACGUCGCUGGUGGGCGGCGCCGUGCUGGGCUGGACUUCCCCCGUGCUGGACGAGCUGCACCUGAUGGGCCCCAGCGGCUCCUGGGUGGCGUCGCUGGCCCCGCUGGGGGCGCUGGGUGGCGCCGCACUGUCGGGGUGGCUGGCGCGCUGGGCGGGCCGCAAGCCCCUCAUCCUGGCCCUGGUCAUCCCCAACGUGGCCGGCUGGAGCGUCCUGGUGGCCGCCAGCGGUAACGUGAGUCCUUCGCUCUGUCACUCUCCGGGCUGUGCGAGUCGAGCUGGCUUUGAGGUCCUCGUUGCCCCGCAGAUCGACAUGCUGUACGCGGGCCGCCUGCUGACGGGGCUGUGCGCCGGCGCCGCCACCGUGCUGGUGCCCAUGUACUCCGCGGAGAUCUCCGAGCCGGCCAUCCGCGGCACCAUCGGCGUGUACCUCGACCUCAGCCUCACCGUCGGCAUCCUCAUGGCGUACGUGGUGGGCGGCCUGGCAGGGCAGGUGUACCUGUCCGGGCUGUGCGGCGCGCUGUCGCUGGUGGCGGCCAUCACCUUCUUCUUCAUGCCCGAGUCCCCCCAGUUCCUGGUGGUCAAGGGCCGCCGCGCCGAGGCGGAGGACGCGCUGCGGUGGCUGCGGACCGGGUCCUCGGCGCCCACGCCCAAGGUUGCCAAGUACUCCAGCGCCGCCACUCCGCCGUUUGCAGGCAGCCACCGCGUGGACGUGUCCGCCGAGCUGGACGCCAUGACGCGCCUGGCCGUGGAGUCCGAGGAGCGUGAGCGCGCCUCCGGCGGCAUCCUGGGCGCGGUGCGCGGGCUGUGCGGCGAGGGCAGUGUGUCGCCCACCUCCAGGGCCGUGGUGCUGGUCGUCAUGCUGAUGGCGCUGCAGCAGCUGUCCGGCAUCGACGCCAUCAUCUUCUUCCUGCAGUCCAUCUUCAAGAAGUCGGACAGCUCCCUGGAGCCCAUGCACUCCACCAUCGUGGUGGGCUCGGUUCAGGUGGCCGCCACCCUGGUGGCCGCGCUGCUGGUGGAGCGCGCCGGCCGUCGCCUGCUGCUGGGCGUGUCCGGCUCCCUCAUGGCCGCCUCCCUGGCCGCCCUCCUCGUCUACUUCCUGUUCCACAAGGAGCUCGACGUGGACCUGAACGCCUUCAGCUGGCUGCCGGUGAGCUGCCUGUCGGCCUUCGUGUUUGUGUACUGCAUCGGCUUCGGCCCGCUGCCCUUCCUCAUGAUGGCCGAGUUCCUGCCGCUGGAGGCGCGCUCCUGGGGCUGCGGGCUGGCGGCCUGCGUCAACUGGAGCCUCAUGUUCGUGGUGGUGCGCGUCUUCAACCUGCUCAUGAACAACAUCGGCGAGGCCGCCACGUUCGGCAUCUUCUGCGCCAUCUGCAUCCUCGGUACACUGUUCGUGCUCACGCUGGUGCCCGAGACGCAGGGCAAGACGCCGGCCGAGAUCCGGCAGUACCUGCAGGACCGCGAGAUCCACACCGUGACGCGCAGGGUGUCCACGCCGGGCGGCGUCGUGUGAGGCGCUGCUUUGCGCUGCUGCAGCUCACAGUGUAGCCAGCCACGCAAGGCGAAAAUCCCCACCAUGCACCAGUGUCGGAAGGGUUGCCUGACAGGCAGGCUGAAGUUGACGGUGCAUAGUGUUUUUUUUUUUUUUUGCGUGGCAACACUGGAAGCACACGUGUGUGCUCGGCUCGGACCCACCAGUGGAGAGCUCAACCACCAAUGUGGGCCUGUGUGUGUGAGGCUUGGUGCGAAGCCACGUGGGAUGUUUUUGGCGACUCAACUCGCGUCGAAUGCAUCCGUUUCGUUUGCGAUGCUCCCCCUCCCUCUUCCUUUCCCACCUCUCGGUGGCCCCUGUAGCACCUAGUCCACCUCCAGGAAGCACUAGUUAGUAAUGAUUAAUGUUAAGGAUCUAGCCUUUGUAGUCUAUGCAAUAAGAGCCGUGUGUCAAAAUCCCACAGUUCACGACAAGAUUCAAAAAGUUCUUAGUACACUCCAGCAGGAGGGGUGCACUAUCCACACUUUGUUUCUUGCAGUGAACAAAAGACAUUGUGAAUGUGAAUAUUUUGUAUAAAUGUUGUGUAAGAGUGUAUGAAUGAUCGAGCUCCUUGCUCUACUUUAUCGAGCCCGUGUAAUUUUGUGUUGGUGCCAAUGACUGUUGCUUGGUUUCUUCGUACAGUGCGCGUGGAGAUGUGAGGUUUGUUGCAGGGCCAAAGAACUGUAUAUUAAAAUAAUGUUCUGAAACUUUA